GCGUCCGAGCGCGCGGUCUGCAAGUCGCCGGAGCUGGCGAAGGCCGACCGGGAAUUGGCUGGCCUCUACGCGGCCCUGGCGGCCAGGCUCACGGGGCCGGCCAAGGAGAGUCUCGAGAAGAGCCAGGUGCGCUGGAUCGUCGGACGAAACCGCGCCUGCCAGCCGAACGAAGAUCCCGAUGUGAUCGAGCGCUGCCUCACGACGCGCUAUGCCGACCGGAUCGCCGAUCUCAAGGCCUCCGCCGCCGGUCCUUAUCCCUUCGUCGAGGAGGAGGCGAUCGAGAAGGCGGGCAAGGUCGGAAAGGUCAAAUACUCGCUGGACCUCCGGUAUCCGCGUUUUGCCGGGAAGACGGCGGACUUCUCCGCUCUCAACCGCUCCUAUGCCGAUGCGGCGGCGAAGGCCGCCAAGGAGACGACGCCGGGCGCCGAUGCCGGCGUCGACCGAGACGAACAGUGGGAGGCGGUGCAGAGCUACGCGCUGCAGCGGCCGGGGCCCGACGCCAUCACCGUGGCGCUGACUUUCUGGGCCUACACCGGCGGCGCCCAUGGUUACGGAAGCUUGAGCUGCACGCUGGUCGACCUGCGUACCGGCAAAGCCGUGCCGCCGGCCGGAGUGUUCGCCGAGAACUCACCUUGGCUGACGGAGGUCGUCGCGAUCGUCGCCGCCGAUCUCAAGAAGCAGUUCGUCGAGAAUCCCGGCUUCGAGGAUGCACUGGAACCGCGCAAGCUCACCAAGACAGUGAACAGCGACGAGCGCUUCUGCUGGCAGGCCGACAGGCUGCAGGUCUAUUUCAAUCAGUACGAGGUCGGUCCCUAUUCGUCCGGUCCCUACACGGUCGAUAUCCCCUACAGCCGGCUGAAGCCGCUGCUGCGCACGGGCGGUCCGCGUUCCGGCAAGGACGUCGUGAACGGCGUCGAGAAGGGCGUGUGGCCAGCCGAUCUCUGGAAGGAGAUCGAGGAGAUGGGCCUGCCGCUGAUCGCCGUGCCCGAGGAUCUGGAAGGCGUGGGCGGAACCCUGGCCGACCUGAUGGCCCUGCUGCGCGUGGCCGGCGAGCAUGCCGUCCCCGUGCCGAUCGCCGAGACGGCGCUGGCCAACCUGCUGAUUGCCAAUGCCGGCGGCAAGCCGGCAACCGGCCCCUCGACGCUGGCGCUGGGAGACCUGACGUUCCAGGGCGGACGCGUGAGCGGGAAGGUCUCGCGCGUCCCGUUCGCCGGCGUUGCCGAACGCUUCGUCUCGAUCGUGACGGCGGGGGGCAAGUCCACGCUGGUCGUGCUGCCGCGCGACGCCGCGACGAUCGAGGAUGCGCCGAGCCAUGCCGGCGAGCCCUACGGUUCGGUGUCGUUCGAUGGCGCCACGCCGGAAUUCUCGGCGGCCUCCACGAUCGGCGCCGACCGCGCUUUCGAACUCGCGGCCCUCGCCCGGUCGAUGCAGAUGGCGGGCGCGGCCGACAAGCCCGGACGCGCAGGCGUUCGUCGAUUACCUGAAGACGCCAGCCGCCAAGCCAUUCUUCGAGAAGCAGGGCUUCACUGUAUUGAAGUAGCCUCGGCCGCGUUGCUGCCGGCGAGGAGCAGGGACCGUCCCAGCUUUUCGGCGGCCGAUGCGGGCAUCGAGAAGCCGACCGUGGCGGGACCGACCGCCACGGCGAGCAGGGUUUCACCGCCCGGCAGGCCGCCGACGCUCAGCGAAUCCGUCGGCACCAGGGAGAGCUCCGCUGCAUCGGAAGGCCCGUUCUGCGGCAGCGCACGGCCCAGCAGAAGCAGAGCGGGACCAGACGCUGCAGGUCCGCCGCCGGGAUGGUGA